AAGGAACCCAAGCAGGCCAAAGAGGCACUAAGGUCAGGCGGAGCCAGGGAGCGCCCAGAAGCUCCCCGCAGUCUGGAGCGUCUGGCUUGUGGCUCGAGGCAUCUUUGUUCUCGACCUACUUGUUUUCUUCGCCGCCGGGGUCGGCCAGGGCCAUGACGCCGUCCUCAUUCGUCGCCCUGCUGCUGCUGCUGGUUUCGCGCUCGCGCGCCACGGCCGGCGGCCGCGCGUGCCCAGACGCGGAGUCCCAGCUGCUCCAGCUCUCGAGCAGUCAGAGCUCUGGCGGCGGCGUCGGCUCGGGGCUGGCGUCCACGGACCUGGAUUCCGUGGUGUGGCCCACCCGCGGCGGACCUCAACGAUCUCCUGCUGCCGCUGCAACUUCGUCAUGCGCAUCCUUGUCCCGGCCGCGAACAUGCCCGCCGGCCCGCAGCAGCUUCGCAUCAAGUUCGCACAGUCGAACAACGGCAUCGCGUACGUGGCUUUCGGUGAGGAGGAGUCCCCAGGAGUGAUGAAGGCUGGCACCAUCACGAACCUGUGUUUUGACGGGCAGGUCGGUGACUGCACCACGGCCGUGUCCCUUAAGGCUUCUGAAUUGUACACCGAGUGGUUCGACUACACGAUCGACACAGCCAAGAAUUAUUACGUAUCCUACCUUCACCUCUGCGGCCCUGGCGGUCCCUCGUCAGGGACAACCCCUGACGGUGUGGCGUUCAGCGGUUACAACACUGAUACAAGCGACGCAUACACGUAUUGGUCAACUUCUGGUACUACGACGUGGUACAACGCCCUCCGCGACAACGGCCUGGCCGAGACCCUUCGCGGACCCAGUGCGCUCGUGUACGGCCACUACUCACGCGAUCCGGGCGCCAGCAUCACAGGCGGCUGGAAAACCGCGAAUCGAAUCGAAGGCAUCCAGGGUAUCGAGUCUCAGGCUAGUCCAACCCCUAGCGUAGCUGCCACUGGCGACCCCCACCUGCAAAACCUUCUUGGGGAGCGGUUCGACCUGAUGAAGCAGGGCAUGCACGUUCUGAUCAACAUCCCUCGUGGAACGGGCGCCAGCAGCGCGAUGCUUCGUGCACAGGCUGACGCUGUCAGGCUUGGUGAACAUUGUGGCGACCUGUACUUCCAGGAAUUGAAUGUGACAGGCGUUUGGGCAGAGGCAUCGCGAGCAGGAGGAUACCAUUACAGCGUCUCGCAAAGCGAUGUCCCUUCCUCAGAAUGGGUUGCUGUUGGUAAGGUCGCGCUGAAAGUCGUGAUUGCUCACACGGACAGAGAAUUGCAAUAUCUCAAUGUCUAUCUGAAGCACUUGGGGCAAUCGGGAUUUGCUGUCGGUGGUCUGCUGGGAGAGGACGACCACGAGGACGCAAGCACUCCUCCAGAGACGUGCGUCAAGCGUAUUUCUCUGAAGAAGGACGCGCAGAGCAUCUCUUCACGUCUCUCUGCAGCCUCGAUCGCAGUGGCGAACCUGGCGUGACCAUGCGCGCUUGUCGUCAGCAUGAGCAUCUGUAGUCUCCCCCCACAUUCCUCCCUCUCGUUUCCACUGCGUUAUCUGUGGUGGAUUCGUUCCUCGACCCUAUUCGCCCCCUCGUAUCUUUCCUGUGUGUGUAGCUUUUCUCUUCAUCACGCGUGUGCCCGUUCGUUCUGGCCACCGUGCGCAUUUUGCUCCUGAGAAAAAUACAAAAACAUGGAGCACCGCGGCCCAAACGGGGAAACCAUGACAUUCGAACAGUGGACGGUCUAAGCGUGGA